CAUUGGUAGAAUUUCGGCAGUUUAACAAACGCAACGACCAUUGAAAUUAUUUUGCCGUUGAAGAAUCGUACAAUAUUCGAGGUGUUUCACAACUUCUUUAUUUUCGAUAUAUAUAAUAUGACGACCAAACGCGCUUUCAACAUUCUGGAGCAGCGGAAUAUCAAUGAAAACCAACCAAUUGGCAAAACGCCGUUGGUCGGUAAAAAUGAAUCCCGCGCACCGUUUAAACUAGCGCUUAAAGAUCUCACGAACAGUUCCUCACGGUCAAAUUUACCCGGAAAACCACAUGAAUCGACCAUCAAAAAACCUUUUCAGCAAAAACCCGCCGCUUCCUCGCUUCUGCAACGGAAGAAGGUGCAGGAAAGCGUUUCUUCCCAACAAACACAGAAAAGGCAGCAGCUGUUCACAAUCUUCACCCCUCAAGAUGCAGAAAACAGUUUGGGUCAGGCGGCCUGUCUGCGAGAAGAUUUGCUUGAGCAGAUGAUUGAGUUCAACGGAAGUGUCUACAAACGAGAAAUAAAACCAAUGAAACCGCUCCAAUUGCAGCAGCUAGAGUUACCAGAAUUCGACAUACCUCAGAAAAAGACAAAAUCAGCGUCACCAAAAGAUUUGACGAAUAACUUUUUGUUCAGUUUGCCGGAAGUGGAGAUACCAGAUCUUGAUUUCAUGUUUUGAAACUUAGGUUUUGUAUCAGCGACUGACAAAAUGAGCCUGCUUAUUUCUGUAUAUUGUAUUUGUAACUUAUUUCCCUCUAUUUGUAAUCGUUUCACAUAGUUUAUAUGAGGAAAAUGACUGAGUUUACUGUUAGUAAAAGUUUUAUCCGGAAAGAAAAUUACUUGGUAAAAUAAAAUGU